ACACACGCGCGCGCGCGCUCGUUGGGCCGCCCCCUCCUCUCCCGCCCUCCUCCUCGUCCUUGCUAACGCUGCCGUCGGGGGAAGAUUGAUGUCCCUUCAGCAUCAUGCAGCCACCGCCGAGGAAGGUGAAAGUUACACAAGAACUGAAAAACAUUCAAGUUGAGCAGAUGGCAAAACUUCAAGCCAAACAUCAAGCAGAAUGUGAUUUGCUUGAAGAUAUGAGGACAUUCAGUCAGAAGAAGGCUGCUAUAGAAAGAGAGUAUGCACAGGGUAUCCAGAAGUUGGCUAGUCAAUAUCUGAAGAAAGAUUGGCCUGGAAUAAAAGCUGAUGAUCGGAAUGAUUACAGGAGUAUGUAUCCUGUUUGGAAAUCUUUUCUCGAGGGAACAAUGCAGGUAGCCCAGUCUCGGAUCAAUAUAUGUGAAAACUAUAAAAACUUCAUUUCUGAGCCUGCAAGGACAGUGAGAAGUUUAAAAGAACAGCAACUAAAAAGGUGUGUGGACCAGCUGACAAAGAUCCAAACUGAAUUACAAGAGACAGUGAAAGAUUUAACUAAAGGCAAAAAGAAGUACUUUGAGACUGAACAGAUGGCUCAUGCAGUACGAGAAAAAGCUGACAUCGAGGCAAAAUCUAAACUUAGUCUUUUUCAAUCAAGAAUCAGUUUACAGAAGGCAAGUGUGAAGUUAAAAGCCCGGAGAUCUGAGUGUAAUUCAAAGGCUACCCACGCAAGGAAUGAUUAUCUUCUUACACUAGCAGCAGCAAAUGCACAUCAGGAUCGCUACUAUCAAACAGAUUUAGUUAACAUUAUGAAGGCUCUUGAUGGAAAUGUGUAUGAUCACCUCAAGGAUUAUUUAAUAGCCUUCAGCCGGACUGAGCUAGAAACAUGCCAAGCUGUGCAGAACACAUUCCAGUUUUUAUUAGAAAACUCCAGCAAGGUGGUACGGGACUAUAAUCUUCAGCUGUUUUUACAAGAAAAUGCUGUAUUUCACAAACCCCAGCCCUUCCAGUUCCAGCCUUGUGACAGUGAUACUAGUUUAAAAGCUGCCCAACUGGUGGAUAUUGAGCUCUCCCCUGUCAGUGCUCUGAGAAUGACCAUAGCUGAGGAAACUGCCAAAAUGAUCGCCAAAGUGACUGACCCAUUUUACAUUGUAAACGUUCUUCUUUGGAGUUCUCAUUUCUUCACAUCCUCACCAACAUUAGUUAUUGCCUGUCUUUUUGAUUACAACCAUCCUG